CGUAAGUGCUGUGUUUCAUAUUGGCUUUCCAGUCUGACGAAAGAUAUCAGGAUGGCCAAAUAGACUUAAUUGGUCGUCUGCUCCCGAAGUCCCCGACGGUUCCAAUGGAUCUACUUAGCCUGCUAUCCUUGUUUGUAAAGACAUCCUGGUUGCUAGGCCUGGCGGCUGCAUUCCUGUACAUAUGGCGCAAUUCCGACUCACGCGCUUCGUCAAGCAAAGCAAGUCAACGGCUAUCAGAAUAUGGUAACAAUCCUGAAAGCAUUCCUUUGGAUGCUGCACCGGCGGCGCCCAAGGGUUGCUGCGGCGGCGGUAACCUAAUGACUGAAUGUUGCCAGGCAACCGCCCCGUCCCCAGCCGCCAACCCCCGCCAGCAACAAGAGCAGCCCCCUACCGCCACCACCCACGCAGCCCCCACCACAACCCCCAUCACCGCCUCAGCCCCCACCACCACCACCACCAUCGCUGCUGCUGCCCCCCUGACCAUCAAGGUCUUGUACGGCAGUGCUCAGGGCACUUCCAAGCAGCUAGCCCUCGAUCUGGGUCAGCGCCUUUCCCAAGCCCUGGCCUCACCCCCUCCAUCAUCGACCUCGCCCACCUGCUGUAGAGGCGGCGACGGAGCCGAUAGUAGUACGGAAGGCAAGGAUGACUCAUGCUGUCGCAACCCCAACGUCACGAGCACUACCGCCACCAGCAGCAGCAGCAGCAACCACACCUGCUGCAAGCAGCAAGGGCAGCGGCAGCAGGCAGCGGCAGCGGUUGUGUCGGUUGCCGACCUAGCGUCGUACGAGCCAGAGCAGCUGCUGUCGGAGGCUGCUGCUGGGAGUGGUGGGGCAGGUGGUGGCGGAGUGGUGGUGGUGGUGCUGGUGAGCACCUACGAGGGGGGCACACCGCCGCAGGGAGCCAGGUUCUUCUGCAGCUGGCUGGAUGACGCCUCCACGGACUUCCGGCUGGGUGCCGGAGCGCUGUCGGGGUUGCGUGUGGCGGUGUGGGGCUGCGGCAACAGCCAGUACGAGGGCAGCUACAAUGCGGUGGCGGCGCGGGUGGAGGCGCAGCUGAGGAGGAUGGGCGCGGGGCAGUUCAGGCCGCUAGGCCUGGGCGAUGAGGACGCGGGUGACAUGGGC